AUGUCUCCGAAGUCUUCCUCUACAAAACGUUUUGGUUUUUCAGAUUAUAUGAAACUUGUUAAUAGUUCUAGUACCACUAGUAACAGCAGUUAUGGGUCUUCUUCGUCGUCCAUAAAUAAUUCUUUAUAUUAUGAUCACUUGGUUAAUGGCGACGCAAAUUUUGACUGUCCAAAGAAAUUAAAUAAUGAUGAAAAGAAACAUACUUUAUAUAGUAUGGCGAUGGCACAACCUCAACCAAUAAAUAUCCCUCAGCAAUGUCCUUCACUUGAAGAUUUGGCCACUCCAACUUCCGAGACUUCCUCAAGUUCCGCCGAAACUUCUCGUUGUCCUACUCCCACUAACACGACGUGGAAUUUAGAUUCAUUACCAUAUAUCAUCAAUAAAGCUGUACCGACACCUUUCUCAUCUCCUAAUUCUGUAAUCGUCCCAAGUUCUUGUUCAAACGAUUUUGAUCCUAAAUUACCACAACGUGAUGCCACGUCAAAUAAUCGUUCAAUACCUAAACCGAUUCAACCUCCUCCAAAGAAUCGUUCUGAAGAUGAUAACAUAGCAUUAAGCUUUUCAAAUCCAUUUACUCCAUUAUUCACAUCUAAUGUAUCCAACGUACCUAAUAUAUUACAAAAGAAUGUUAAUGCUAAAUCAGUUCAACCCAACGAAUUGACUCAAGGAACUCAAGUCGCUCUUACGCAGUCUUCGUCAUCUUCUUCCUCUUCCUCACAAAAUACCCGUCGUGAUGGUAACGAAGUAGAUAACGAAAAAGAACAAAAGAAAGCAGCGCUUUAUAAGACCGAAAUGUGUCGAAAUUGGGAAGAACGUGGAUCUUGUCGUUACGGAUCCAAAUGUCAAUAUGCCCAUUCACCAGUGGAACUUCGUGAAGUAGCUCAUCAUCCCAAAUACAAAACUGAAAUCUGUAAAACCUUUUGGCAGAAUGGUACUUGCCCUUAUGGAAAACGAUGUUGCUUUAUUCACAAUGACACUAAUGGAAUAUUAUUAAGAAAGAACACGGAGGCCUCCAAGGUCUCAAACAAGAGUGCUCGGUUAGGAUCUUCAGAAUUGAGAGCGUUUACAGAUGCUUAUUUUUCUCGCCAACAACAACAACCACUCGGAAAAGGGAAAUCUUCUCAAAAUGUUCCUGAAUCCGCUGAAAGCAAGGUUGUCGCGACUGUUCGAUCCGACAAGUCUGCGGGGACCAUUAACACUAACACUAAUGGAGGUUUGAGUUCUAACACAGUAGCUCCCUUGGUUGCACAGGCCCGAAAAAGAUUGGCCUGUUUCAGGCGAUUAGUUUAA